AUGGACCCAUCAUGCGCACGUGCGCGGCUCAACACUGUUAGUUAGUGGGAUCACAUUCAGCUGUGCGCGAGAAAGGAAAAAUAAGGCUUCAAUUGCAAAGUGUCUGUUCGGAGCAGUACGACCAUAAUAAUAAUAACAACUAAUAAUACAGUCACAGAAAUAUCCUUUUAAAGUAUAGGGAGUGUCGUGUGUGUGUGUGGGGGGGUACUUUUAUUAGCGCGUGGGGCUAAUGACGGCGGUUGUCAUGGAAAUAUCAACGGGACCGUCAUUGUGUCUCGCGCAUCAUUCCGGAGCCGCUGACACAAUGUCGGAGGAUGAGAGGCGAGCCGCGCGGGCGGCUUUAACCCGCCACCAGCAGGGAGACUUUUCUGUCGACACGGGUUCCUCUGGGCCUGAGGAUAUUUUUGACGAGGACUCCUACUCUCCGUCCUCCCUCUCGUCGUCCUCCUCGGCCUCCAUCCGCACGGUGGGCUCCCUGCAGGGGAAAACCCUGUGCACCUCCUGCGGCCUGGAUAUACUGGACAGAUACCUCCUCAAGGUGAACAACUUUUGCUGGCACGUUCGCUGCCUCUCGUGCAGUGUUUGUAACGCAUCGCUAGGGCGCCAUGUGAGCUGCUACAUAAAGGACAAACAGGUUUUCUGCAAACUCGACUACUUCAGGAGGUAUGGGACCCGCUGUGCCCGCUGUGGCCGUAACAUCCACUCCAGCGACUGGGUGCGUCGGGCUCGAGGAAGCACCUUCCACCUGGCCUGCUUCUCCUGCAACUCCUGUAAGCGGCAGCUGUCCACCGGGGAGGAAUGCGGACUGCUAGAGAACCGGAUCUUCUGCCGGCCACACUAUGACAUCAUGCUGGAGAAUAUCAAACGCACUAAAGAAAAUGAGCAACCAAAAGCAGCAGCAGAGGAGGAGGAGGAGGAGGCCGAGAAAGAAGAGUCUGGCACCCUGAGCAGACCCGUUAAGAGGGCAAGGACCAGCUUCACUGUGGACCAGUUACAGGUAAUGCAAACACAGUUUACUAAAGAUAACAACCCAGACGCCCAGACUCUGCAGAAACUGGCAGAGAGGACCGGUCUCAGUCGCAGAGUUAUUCAGGUUUGGUUUCAGAACUGUCGAGCUCGUCAAAAGAAAUACAUCAGCCCAAAUUCUACCUUCUCCCGGAUGACCUCCUUUGCUCCCAGUCAGCUGACGCCACCUUUGAUGGAGGACCUGCAAUACACAACCUACAUUUCCCCAGACACACCCCUUCUCACCACACUGACUUACAUGGAUGUCCAAAAUCCGGACCCGCUUUUGCUUCAGCCACUCGUCUCGCAUUCCCGAACACAACUACCAGUCAGCCACACCUGAGCAACAACCUGCCUCUACAACAGACGACCAUGAUGAUUGGACCAUGACAAGCAAAGCCCACGGCAGCAGUUGAGCUAUACAUUUUGUUAAAUGCCUUGCGUGUGGGCAGCCAGAAAAAAUUUCAUCGGAACACACAGACUGGAACAAUGAAAGUGUCAAUGCAACCUUUGUUAAUAUGUAUAUGUUGUGCAUUUCUGUGUUUUAAUUUAUUUGGCAAAAAUGAUCAAAUAUGGCACUUUGUGGGUGUUUUUUCCAGUUUCAGGCCUUUUAUUUAAGGAUGUGUUGGCGGAUGACAGAAUUGUAAGUUGGGCAUUUGUGUUCGGGCUCCUGUAUAGAGACCACAUGAGGAGCUGCUUCCACUCCAGAGUUAGUUGUUACUGACAGACAUGUGUAAAAAGUACCGAUGCAGACUGUCCUCCACUUGCAGUGCCCAAGUAGGCUCCUCUCCAAGCUUCCACUUGUCUUAUUUUGAAGAAGAAAAAAAAUAGAUUUCAAGCAAUGCAACAUGUAAUGUUUGCUUAGCUAGAAGCAAUGUAUGAAGUGCACACAACAUGUUUGACCUGCUGGAAAUUAAAAGUUAUGGCUGCAACACAAUGUUCAUGAGUUCAUGUGCUUAGGACUUAAACAGGACUUAUAGCUUGUUGUACCUGUUGCUUCCAAAUACUUUUUAUAUGACAUGUGACAAUUAUGGUCACU